AACUAUUGUGCAGAAUAUGUCUCACCGUUCUUGUCUGCGAAUAUUAUUCCUCAUUUCGCACAAACAGUUCUGAAAUUUGAACUAAAUAGCAUCAACUUCAAGCAGAUUUCACUGAAAGAUCAGUUUUCAUUUUUUACCUGAUAGGCUUAUUUGUUUCGGAGAAAGCAUUUGAGUUUUUUGAUUGUGGGUUAAGUCUACUAAUACGCCGUUGACAUUUAUAGUGACUUAAAUUCCUUGGAAGUACGGAAUAUCUUUGUUUUUCGAUAGAAUGCUUGUUUGAAGCACACAAUGUUCAAAGCAAUCGUAUCUACUAUCAAAAUCAAUGGGCUUUUCUGAUUUUCUUUUUGAAUCCCAUAAUAAAAAUUUACUUGUGAAAAGAAAUGAUUUAUUUUUACUGCAACUAUGGCUGUAAUGAACUCAAUAUUAAGCAGUCCUGGAGCUUCUAUGAGAAAUAUAGAACGAGUUUUAGAAGACGCUCAGUUGAGAGGUGAAUUGAAACUGAACUCUCGCAAACUGAAAGAUUUUCCAAAAAUUGCGUGUAAAUAUGAUUUAUUAGAUGUUGUGAAAGUUGAUCUUUCUAAGAAUCGCCUUAGUGAGCUGCCAGAAGAAGUAUGCUGUUAUACUCUGCUGGAAGAGCUAGAUUGUUACAACAAUGUGAUACGUUCCGUGCCAGAUGCCAUAAUAAAAUUACAGUCCUUAGCAUAUUUAAAUUUAAGUCGAAAUCAGCUCACUGUCAUUCCUUUGGUUCUAUGCCAUCUUCCUUUACAAGUGUUUAUACUCCGAAACAAUCGUUUGGUGUCCAUUCCAGAAGAAAUUUCGCUUAUGAAAUGUCUUAAAGAUCUGGACGUAAGCUGUAAUGAAAUCACGAUAAUCCCUCCACAGCUUGGAAGUCUAUCUACCCUCCAACAGUUGAAUUUGAAGCGAAAUUUGCUAGUUGAAAUACCUCUUGAAAUUUGCCAAUUGAGACUAAUCUCCCUUGAUGUGUCUGCCAAUAGAAUAUCUGCUCUUCCCACACAACUGCGUUUUAUGACUUCCUUGCAAGAUUUGUUUUUGGAUCAAAAUCCUAUGACAUUCCCUCCAGCAGUUCUGUGCAAAAGAGGAAAAAUUCAUGUAUUCAAGUUCCUGGAAAUUCAAGCAAUAAAAGAGGAUAAACGUGGUAUUGUUUUGGAUGAGUUUCAGAAAUUUAGAAGUCCAUCUGUUUUGUCAGAUACAAGGUUUCAGAAUGGAUUUGCAGUUGGUAGUUGUCGAAAAAGUUACACUUUUGACUCAGGAUAUAGUACUUCAGAUGGUGAUUGUAGGUCUCAAGAAUCUCAAGAUCUCAAUUGUGGCUUUAAGAAAUAUCCAGGAGAAUCUCCUCGAUGGGAAAAUGCUUCAAUUCUUACCAGAAAUCAGAAUACAAAUACUUUGUUUAAUUAUGUUCCUGUCAAUGGUGAUGAGAGUAGAGCUAAUGAAGACAACUCUGCUAACCUUCAGACUUCAACUGUUCAAACAUUUAAAGAGUACAAAGAAGCUUUAAAGAAAAAGCGAGAAGCUGAAGCACUAAAUAUUUAUAAGAAGACUGGUAAUGAUGAUGUCAGCUCUGAACUUUCACCAAAGUUACAAGUGUCACAAACAAAGAGUGCAAUGGCUUCUAAGCAUAUGCUUCGUAAGGAUGAUGCUGUAACUUCAUCAACUGAAGAAGAGUCAAAAGAAGGUUGUAAUUCUCUAGUCAGUCAAUGGCAGUGUGAGUCUUCAAUACCAGAAGUUUUUGUUGAUGGUAUGCCAAAGAUUAUUCUACCAAAUAGUAAUUCACCGAAGAAACUUGGUUUUGUAGAAAAAAGAGCUCAACAGUUGGAUGAAAAGGGUUGUAAUGGUUCUUUAAAUAAAGACAAUUUGCAGAGCAAUUUCACGUGGCCAAAGAAUACUUUUGCACCUGCAAAGCCUUUGAAGUCAAGUUUUACCAUGAAGCGAGAGUUUGAUAAAGCUCGGGAGGAACAGGAAUUGAUUUCAAAAUUGAGAGAGAUUUUAGAAUGCAAACUGAAGCUCAAACUACCUGAUGAAAUGGAGACAGCACUAAAUGAUGGUGUAUUCCUAUGUCAUCUGGCUAAUCAUAUUCGAGCUAAUUCUGUAACUUGUAUUCAUGUGCCUUCUCCUGCAGUGCCUAAGUUGACUGUUGCCAAGUGCAGAAGGAAUGCUGAUAAUUUUUUGGAGGCAUGCAGGCGUAUUGGAGUUCCAAACGCAGAACUGUGUAAUUGGGCGGAUUCUUUUAUUGAAUGGAAAGCUGCAAGAACUUCAUUGCAAACCAAAGAAUUGCCAUUUUUGGCUGAAUAUCCUGUUUGUCAAGUCAUUUUCUCCUGUUUUUUGCUAACUAUUUUUAUUAGCACAGCUGUUUUCUUAUACAAAUAUCCGUCACCUUACUGAAAAUGUUGUCUAUUUUUAUUAGCAUUGCUGAUCAAAAAGAGUGAAAAUCAAAUAUAUUAUAGAUUUUAGUUGAUGUGUAUGAAUUUUUAAUUAAAAUUAGC